UAUGCAGGGCGGACCCGAAUGACACUAUAUUCAAAAGGGCAUUGUAAGGAAUAUUGAAGAUAAGUUUCCCAUCUGGCUUUAUAUCAGAUGAGAUCUCGGACAUUGGAAGAACGAUGCGAGAAAAGGGCGCAAAUGAAAAGAGGAUUGAAGCAAUGCGAUAUUUGGCAAAAGAAGAAGUGGUACACAGACUUAUAUGGGUACUCGCCGAACAUCUUGACAGUCCCGAUAAGGCUAGGGAAGCGAUUACUUCUAUAGUUGAUGCCAGUAAUCAUAGACACGGCAAUAAUGAUGACGACAACGGAUUCGGAAGCCUCGCCAAGGAACUCAGGAAGCUGCGGAACCAGAGGGUAGGGGACCAAGCCGAAGACACUGCCGAAGAAGCGAGUAACAAGCAUUCAAACCAGCCUCGUUCCACCGCCCAAUCGUCCACAGAAGCUCGCACCGAUCAACGCAGUGCAGGAGCAACUAUCAGACUUCCAAGUCGGUCUCAUUCCACAGAACAAACAUCCGUAAGACCCAAAACCUCUAUAAUCAUUCCAGAGAAUCAAUACAAGAGGCCUCCAUCCACUUCAAAUCCCGGAGCCUCGUCAUCUGCCCAAGCAGAGAACCUUCAGGGCAGAAAGAGGGCCAGCUGGGACGUUGACAAUCCUACCGAUCUCUCAACGGAGGAAAUACCGAGAAUAUUCAAGAAAGAUCGUCAUCUUUACGCCUAUCAUGCCCUCCCCGUGGUUAAUGAGGAUAUGCAGAGUAACACACCCUAUGAAAACCUUACGGCCGAAAUCCGUCGUCGGUGGAAGGAGUUGAGCGAGAAGGAGCGCAAGAGCUGGGUCGUCAGUUACAAACGCCUUCUAAGCGGGGAUUUGGACAUGCUCGUCCUUUCAAAGGACUCGAGCAGUCCGCCAGCACGCAGCACUGACGAGCCCAGAAUUCGCUCAACAACUGGCCCCAAUGAACACGAUGGAACGAAAGAAGUCAGAGUAAAGCGCGAGCCGAACAUGGACGGUGCUCCUUCUACUUCAUUGCCUCCUCUGGGUGCGUCCAGAAGCCCAGCCCUAGCGACUUCUCAUCUGGAUGCAGCUAGAAGACCAGAAGCAGUGGGCUCUCGUCUAGAUGCCCCAAGAGGGCCAAUGUCAGAGCGUCACCAAAUCUCCGAAACCCCAGUCGUUGAUCUCAUCUGGGGAAUAUCAGAGCUUCGUAGGGAAGAAGCAGAAAUUAUUGCCAAAACAAUCCAAUCGAGGUUAUCCCAGCGCAUUGGGAAAGAGAUUUCAUAUGUCAAGCUUCCUAGUGGAAACCCCUAUAAAUUAAUACGGGACAACGUGGGGCCUCGGGUCAUGAAGCUGCUGAAUGCUGGCGGCACCUUCCAUCCCGAAAGAUGCCGAAAAGCUCUUGAACAUGAUCUUCAGUUCUGGGUCGCGGCGAAACUGACAGCUUUUCCUGAGCUGGUGAAACUACCUGUCAUGUUCUCGGUUAUUCGGCUGGACACAACUCCAGUAACGGACUUGUUGUUUCUCAACGGACCAGCUCUCACUGCAACGAGUGCUGAAGCAGUAGGAGACUUCGUCUGCAAUGCAUUUCGAAAUAGAAUGCACCCAAUGAAUUACGAACUUGAAUUCGGUCCUGGCAGUAAAGUCAAGGACAUAAUCUUCAGAAUACUUCGGGAAAAUGCCGGCAAAUUCGUGAGCAACAGACUUGAGAGGAAAGUCAGGCCUAUUGUGUCAAGUACAGAGACAGAUUCCUUGAGCUCAAGAAGUGUGACUUAGUUCAGGAAUGGGAGAUGAUCUCUGGUCUCAAG